UUAUGAAAACACCUUCGUAACAGCAACAACAACACUUAUCCUCGUGGUCGAUCGAAGAAGUACGAGAGCAAUAAAUAAUAUGGCGGCAAAAGGAAUAUAGGCGUGAAAAUUUUCAAAAUGGACAAGACCCCGAAGAAAAAAGAGGAUGUAAAGAAAGAAGUAAGGUCUUUACUGCUAUCAUCGCCAGUAGGACUUAGUUUACAAGACCUAUUGUCAGAUUAUCGAUCGAUGAUAGGCUCCCACUUGCCAUUCCAACAACUGGGAUAUUCUUCUGCGUUAGAAUUUAUCAAAGACAUUCCCGAUGUUGUGUACCCUGUAUUUCGUGCUGGAGGUGUCAUGUACCUGGAAGCUGUUGCUGAUAGCACAACUGUACAUAUAAAGAAACUAGUUUUGCAGCAAAAGAAAUCUGGAAAAGUUAGAAGCAUUAGAAAAACUCCUGAUGAAUCAGUUAGACGGCCUCCUCCAAAGCCAAUUGUUCCUGCACUUGUUAGAAUGAAAAUUAAAGAACUUCUCAGAUCAUCUCCUGAAGGUAUAGAAGCAAGUUUGUUUGGCACAGCAUUCAAGAAUCGAUUUGCUGUAGAGAUUGAUUUUCAAAAACUUGGUUUUCCUUCCUUGAAGCGACUUCUUCAAGAAUGCUCAGACUGUAUUAGAAUUGUAAAGAAAAAUAUAAAUGGAGUUAAUAGUGAGGUUUUGUUUCUGGGACAAAGAAAGGAUAGCUCAAACUCUUUAAUAGACAUGAAAGAUAUUCCUCCAAGAAGACAGAGAUCAGCACUGGAAUCUAAAUCAAAAUCUUUGGAGAAGCCAUCAGCCAAAAGUGAUAUUUCUAAGCUACCUACAAAUUGUGGCAAGCAGAAGAAACCUGGAAAUGCUUUGACAAAAGAUAUGAAAUCAUUGAUGGAUUUAGAACCAGAAAUAGUCCCCCAAAACAUAAAAAAUUCUCAGUUUGUGCCAAGGAAACAGAGUGGAAUCACAUCACAAUCUGGUGUGUCAGACCAGCUAAAAAUGGAGAUAAAGGAUUUACUGGAGGGAAAGAAAAAUGGAAUGUGGCUGGCUAGACUCCCUUUUGAAUACAAGCGAUGCUACAAAAAAGAGCUUGACAUGGCUGGAGCUGGCUAUUACAGUCUGAUAACAAUGAUGGGUUCAAUACCAGAUAUUGUCAAAAUUGAGAGGCCUGUAAACAAUGGCGACUGGUUGCUUAUUCCAGCAGCAGCAGUCAAAGAAAUUGGAGAAGAAGAUCCGCUGCCACCUGAUGCUGUGAAAUAUGACGGAAUUUAUCAGAAGCUUUCGCAUCCAACAGAAGGACAAAUAGAAAUAUUUAUUGUCCAGAUAAACAGCCCUGACUGCUUUUAUUUUCAUUGGUGUAAGCAGAAGGCAUCUCUUGAUAGACUGAUGAGUGAAAUGAGCGAUUUCUAUAAAACUGUUUCUUCUCAAAAUUACAUGUUGCCUGCAAGUCAUCGGAAAACUGGCCAGGUCUGCUGUGCGGUGUACGAAGAAGAUGGUGAAUGGUACAGGGCAAUGAUUGUUCAUUCUCUUUCAGAUAGUGAAGAAGUUGAGGUCAUCUUCACAGAUUACGGCGACAAAGCGACUGUUAGAUCAACCAACCUGAGGCUGCUACGAAAGGACUUUCUUGAGCUGCCUGCCAUGGGCCUCAAAGGAUCUCUCGCGAAUAUCAAGCCCCUCAACUCGAACACAUGGGCACAAGAGGCAUCUACACGGUUCUUUGAAUUGAGCAAAGAUAAAGUUUUACUUGGCAAGAUUCACAAUUAUGAGGAUGGAAUUCUGUCAUUGAAUCUUGCUGAUACAAAUUUCAAUAGAACUGUCCACAUAAAUGAUGUAUUGGUUGUUGAGAAUCUUGCCUGCUAUGAUAAGAUGCAAAGAGAGCCUCUGAUGCAUCUGCAGUUAAAUGGAAUGGGACAAGCAAGUCAGGCUGCAAAACCGGUGUCUCCUCUCAUGCCAAAUCCAAUUUCACCUCUGCUUCAAACAACGCCAUUUGCUAAUAAUGCUGCAAGUUUGCAGGCACUACAGCAGCAGAUUGCAUUGAUGAAUUCCAUGCAGUUGACAAACAUGCUUUAUUCAUCAAUGCAGCAAAGUCAACAAGUCUUUCCUGCCCAAGUCAUGCAGCAAGCUGUAAUAAAUCAGCAACAGAGACUGAUACAAAUGAGCAGUCUCCCAGCUACGCUGCCAGCAACAUAUCAACCACAGCACUUUGUCUUCAACCCAGUUACAUCAGGAGUUGCCGGAUUUCAGAUGCAUGAGCAAGAACAGCCAUCGGAGCUUAAAAAGACCUCAAGUAUAGACUCGUUAAUAGAGUGUAUCAAUUCAGAGCUUGAUGGAAAGACCAGCUCGGAUGAGGAGACAAAUGAACAAGUUUUGGGCAAUAAUGGCACUGAACCAAGAGAAGCAGAAGAGCAAGCUGCAGUUAGGUCGGAGAAUGAGACUGCUGAAGAAUCAGCUGAUGAGGAGAGGAGACCUAGUGAUAUGCUCAAAUUCAAAAGGCUGCAAGUUCCAGAACCAUACCAGCUGCAUAUUUUGAAUUAUGAAGGCAAGCCAUAUGUAACACGAGGUGAGGUGGCAGCUCUCCUUUGGCACAAAGAUAUCCUAAGGCAAAUGCUUAGACAACAAAAGGUUGCAGUGACAUCGAUUGUCAUCACCAGGGAAGAUAAUGAAUCCCUGUUUGAAAGCCUUGAAAUAGAAAAAGUAAAAGACAUGGCGAGUGAUGGAGAAGUCAAAGAAUUUUUGACAUUAUACGAGCUUGAAAGCUUGCCUAAAAUCCUGGAUGCCUUCAAGCAUAAAUCAGAAAUGCUCAAGACAGUUAUAAAGGAUGAAAUUAGUUGCUAUAAGAAUUCACCUGCAGACUAUUGGGAGACUAAUGAGUCAAUAGCUUCAGAAAGUGAAGAUGUAGAAAGUGAUUCCUUGACUUUAGAACUUGAACUUGAGGAACUCCGCCUGCUAUUACAAGCCAUGCAGUUUCGAAGGAAAAGAUUGGUGAAUGCCCUUAUGUCAAAAGCACCACCAUUGGAUACAGUUAAUGAAUUGAGAAGAGUGGAAGAAGAAGUAGAAAAGAUCAGAAAGACUGUACAGAUGAAAGAGAGCAGUAUAAAAUGUUAGUUAUCUAGAAAACACUGAAAAUUAUUUUUGUUGCUGUUUUGUAAUGUAUGGAAACAACCUUGUUUAAACAAAAAUUAGUUUUUUACCUUUAUAAACUCCAUUUUCUGUACAAACAAAUAUUUAGUAAUAAUUUCAAUAAACAUUUGGUUGGCUUUUGGUACAAAAAUGAAAAUUAUUAAGCUAGGUAUGCCUAGUACCAUCCUUUGUAAAGAGUUGCUUUGGUUUUGUUAGUGUUGAGUAACCAUUCACGAGUGUAAAUAUAAAUCAAAUUAAUCUUGUAGUUGUAUAUUAUGCAUUGCUUUUGAUCGUAUGUUCAGAAAGUUUAAAUUUAGAUGUCAGUAAGUUUGUUUUGUUCUUGUUUUUCCAGAAAGUUAAAUUGAAAGUAUAGACUAUCUGAUGAAAUUGUUUCUGUUUACUAUCUGUGAUACUUAUAAUAUUUUGUAGCAAGAAUUUAAAACAAAAGUAUUUUUGAAACAAAAGG